GUACGUCGGGCGUGUGUCCGGGACGUUUCGAGCCCCGCCUUGGACAUUGUGAUGGGUUUUAACGUCGCAUUCACGCCGAACACUGAGCAUUCUGAAACCCGUCGAGGACGCGAGUGGAGGGUUUGUUUUUUCCCCUGUGCCUGCCGUUGAUAUGUAAACGUUUAGAGCGCAAUGCCAUUAACAAUGCGGGGUUACAAUUUCCUUCAGCUGUGAAAUUGAGCCUGUGUCAGCCAUUAGCCUUCAGCUUUCUUCUCUCCCAUAACUUAUAUUGGUUUUAGUCGUCCUUUUAAACCCGGGCACUCUAUCCUCUUUUUCUCGUUGAUCACACAAAGCGGCUUAAUCGUUUUGCAGACAAAACGAAGCCAACUUAAAUAAAUUAUUUUCAGAGAGGAGCGAUAGUCAACUAUCACGUCGAGCGAACAAGAUGUUUGACAGACACAGAGUCCCCUUUGUUUGUUUGGAUGUAAUAUGCGUCAUAUUGGCUGGUAUGCCACUGGGUGUUCUAAAUGUGGCCAAAAUAAAACCUUAUCAAAGAGGGUUUUACUGUGAUGAUGAAACCAUCAGUUAUCCAUUCAGGAACAGUACCGUCACUUCCACUGUCCUGUAUUCAGUGGGGUUUACACUGCCCAUAUCAGCUAUAAUCAUAGGGGAGAUAUGCUCAGUUCAUUGGAACCAAUUACGUUCUGACUCCUUUAUUGGAAACUCCUAUUUAGCCACCGUAUAUAAGGCAAUUGGGACAUUUUUAUUUGGGGCUGCUGCAAGCCAGUCUCUGACCGACAUUGCCAAAUAUUCAAUUGGGCGUCUUCGGCCUCACUUCCUCGAUGUUUGCCAACCCGAUUGGGGAAAGCUCAACUGCUCUACGGGGUACAUAACUGACUUUACGUGCCAGGGUGACAAAGAGCUGGCCAAUGAAGCACGGCUCUCCUUUUUCUCUGGCCAUUCUUCCUUCUCCAUGUACUGCAUGAUGUUCCUCGCACUUUAUCUGCAGGCACGAAUGGUGGGUGACUGGUCCAGACUGCUGCGUCCAACACUUCAGUUCGGUUUAAUCGCAGCUUCAGUUUACGUGGGACUUUCACGUGUGUCUGAUUAUAAACAUCACUGGAGUGAUGUGUUAACUGGACUCAUAGAGGGAGCAAUUGCAGCAAUACUUGUUGUGGUGUUUGUGUCAGAUUUUUUCAAAGAGAAACACCGCAGAAUUUUACCAAAAGAUGAGGAAAGUUCACACGCUGCUUUGCAUGAAACACAAGGAAACCAUUAUGCCAGGAAUAAUCAAUAAAGAAUUGUCGCAGGCGUCAAUGAAUGUAAAUGUGUUGUAAAACAAAGCAUAUUUCCAGACUAAAACACCUAGUCACUUAAGUAGAUAACUAUCUUUAUGAAUAAACACCUGCUAUACUCUUGGAAUCCACUCCAUGUUAUAAACAUACACAUAUAUAAUGAUUACAUUUUGUUUAUGAAUACAGGUAUUUUAUUUCUACUGUGCUUUCCCUUAUAAAAAGCUUUUAUCAUCCAAAUAAAUUGCCACACAGUAGUUCAAGAUGUAAAAGUUUAAUAAAAUAACAGCAAUGUUUUCCAUGUGCAGUUUCCAUACUGAAGUUUGCUUUUUGGUCCUUGAGGGCCACACUAUGUAUAAAUUCAAAGGAAAAUAAAAUGUCUUUCAAAGUUC